AUGCGGUUCCUGAACCAGUUGUACAGCAUGAUAUAUCCUUGUUCUUGGAGUCCCGGCUAUCUGAGAUUUGGAAAACUCGUUCUCUGCCUAACGGUUAGCCUGGAGAUGCUGAUUUCCGACCCGAAUAAGAGUCUGGUAGAGAUCCUUGCGCAUAAGAAUAAUAGAUCCGAGUUCAAUGUAACAUAUCUCCCUGUGAUCAAUCGGCUUCUUAAAGGACAAACCAAGAGGAAGGAGGAAAUACUAGUCCAUGAGUUUCAAGAAAUUGUUAGUACUAUUAUAAUGCUUGAGAGCCCACUCUCAAUCAUAUCUCUUUCGCGGUUUAUUAGACUGCCCAAGGAACACAUUGAUCGGAGACUAGACUUGCUACAUUCAGUACUGGAUAUAUCGAAAGAUCCGACUCAGCCAGUGCGACUAUUCUAUCUGUCCUUCCGAGACUAUCUUCUUGAUCACGAAACCCGCGAGAAAAUUCCCUUUAGGCUGGACUCAAAAGAAAUGCACUAUAAGUUGACCGUGAAAUGCCUUUCUGUGUGUGAGAGUCUGCGAAAAAAUAUAUGUACGCUGCCAAGUGAUGGAACAUAUCGUGCAGAGAUUGAUCGUCGGAAAAUCGAUGACUACGUCCCUGCUGCAUUGCAGUACGCCUGCCAAUAUUGGGCUCAUCAUCUUGUCCAAUGCCGAAAUUUGAAUAACGUAGAAGCUAUGAGCCUACUAGGCCUUAUGUCGGAAAUACUGAGUAUUCUUGAUACCCUCCAAACAGGCAUAUUCGGCAACGAGUCUUGCUCAAUCUUGGACUUCCUUCACGAUGCAAAGCGCUUUGUUAUGAAAAAUCGCCAGAUAGCUGAUGAAGCGCCACUUCAAAUUUAUUGCGCAGGGCUGGUAUUUGCACCUCGAACGGCAAUAAUCCGUAGAGAGUUCCAGUCAGAGCUUCCAAGCUGGAUAUGCCAGUUCCCACAAACGGUACGGCUCUGGGACGCGGCGACGGGCGGCCUGCAGCAGACUCUUAAGGGCCAUGUAGGUUCGGUUCGGUCAGUAGCCUUCUCGCCCGACGGCCGACUGCUGGCGUCCGGCUCUCUGGAUCAGGCGGUGCGGCUCUGGGACACAGUGACGGGCGCCUUGCAGCAGACUAUUGAGUACAAUUCGGGCUGGGUUCCGAUUCGCUACUCGCAGCGCUAUUCAAGCUCUGCUCCGUCGGUGGCCUUCUCGCCAGACGGCCGGCUGCUGGCAUCCGGUUCCUAUAACCAGAGAGUGCGGCUUUGGGACACGGCGACGGGCGCUAUACAACAGACUCUCAAAGGCCAUUCGGGUUCAGAUUUGUCAGCAGCGUUCUCGCCCGGCCGCUGGAUGGUUGUGCCAGGGUCUCUAGAUCAGACGGUGCGGCUCAGGGACACAGGACCGGGCAUCUUGCAAGAGACUGAGGAUCAUUCAGGCUCGGUUACGUCAAUGGCCUUCUCGCCGGACGGCCGGCUGCUGGCGUCCUGCUUUUUAGAUCAGACGGUGUGGCUCUGGGACAUAGCGACGGGUGCCUUGCAAAAGACCCUAAAGUCUAAUGGGAUAGUCACUGAACUCCAGUUCUCACAAGAUGGUUCAUAUCUAAUAACCAACUUAGGCACCCUCGAUGUUCAAUCCGGGCACGAAAAUCAUGCUUCUAAUUCAACCAAUAGAAAUCCGGCGAUCUUCAUUCAGCAAGGACAGUGGAUAAACCUGAACGGCAAAAAUGCACUAUGGCUUCCUCCUGAGUUUCAGCCUAGCUGUUCAGCGACAAGUGGGAAUUGA